AUGGCCAACGACACGAAGGCAGAAGCCCAAGGCAGCACGCCGCUCAAGUCGUUCCUCUCGGGCGGCUUUGGCGGCAUGUGCCUCGUCGCCGCCGGCCACCCGCUCGACUUGAUCAAAGUCAACAUGCAGACGAUGCCUGCGCCCAAAGCCGGCGAGGCGCCCAUGUACGCGAGCGCGGUCGAUUGUGCGCGCAAGAUUGUGGCCAAGGACGGGCCGCGUGGGCUCUACCGUGGUCUGGUCGCGCCGUUGGCCACGAUCACGCCGAUCUUUGCCACGUACUUUUGGGGCUACGACCUCGGUGCGCUCAUUGCGCGCAAGGCCGCGGGGAUGGCGGACGACGAGAAGCUUUCGAUGAGCCAAAUCAUCUUUGCCGGUGGCUUCUCGGCGAUCCCAACCACUGUCGUCAUGUCGCCCGGCGAGCGCAUCAAGUGCUUGCUCCAGAUCCAAGCGCAAGCCGUCGCGAGAGGCGAACCGCCGCAGUACAAGGGCAUGGUCGACUGCGCGUCGCAGAUCUACCGCACGGGCGGGCUCUCGAGUCUCAUGCGGGGCUGGGAAGCGACGCUUUUGCGGGACAUCCCGGGCUCGGUCGGCUACUUUGGCGGCUACGAAGGCUUCAAGCGGCUCCUGACGCCGACGGGCACGAGCACGGACGACCUCAGUGCGCUCCGCAUCUUCUUUGCCGGCUGCAUGGGCGGCGUCAUCAACUGGAUCAUCGCGAUCCCGCCCGAUGUUAUCAAAUCGCGCAUCCAGACGGCCCCCGACGGGUUCUACACAGGGUCGGGCAUUGUCGAUGCGUACAAGCACUUGGUCACGACCGAGGGCCAUGCCGCGCUCUUUAAGGGCAUGGGCCCGGCCAUGGCCCGCGCAUUUCCAGCCAACGCCGCCUGCUUCCUUGGCAUGGAAUUUUCCAAGAAGCUGCUCACGGCCAUGGGACUAAACUUUUAGUUAGUAGUUUUAGCAUAAAUACAUUUUCUAUUGUCG